ACAGUUUCCUGCAGGCUGUCCGCCUCACAGGGAGAUGUGCUGAAGGGGAAGACGGGGUUAUCUGAGUUAAUGCUGCUCGGCAUGCUGUGGACUUGAGAGGAGGAGUGAUUUUUUACUUUAUUUUUUAAAGGGAAGGACGAAUGUCGAUACUGUGGUGAAAUGACUAACAGGAUGGAGGGUUCUUCGGCCCCAAGAGCCAAGGCGAACGGACCCAUUGCAGCGCCCAGCAGCCCAACAAGCUCCAACAUCGGUCCGCCACUGUCCCCAGAAGACCUGGACGACGGGCCUCAGUCUUCUCUGACUGAUGUCACCCAAAUGUGGAUUAUAUUCGUCAAGACUUUCGCCAUCAUCUUGCCCAUCUACAUCAUGGGAUACUUUGAGUUCAGCUUUAGUUGGGUUCUGAUUGGACUCGCCAUGUUGUUCUAUUGGAGGAAAAACCACGGCACUAAGGACUACAGGAUAAACCGAGCCUUAGCAUACCUGGACCAUGAGGAUAAAGUAUUGAAGCAGAGUGUGCCUACUUCGGAUCUACCACCAUGGGUAAGUCUUCCAGUGUUGUUACAGGAGUUUCAGGCUUCACCCCUCCCUUGGGCGUUCUUCCACCCUGCAUGA